AUGUCCUACAACCCGCACCACUUCUCCAACGCGCCGCGCGGGCAGCAACGCAUAUGUUCGCUUCUCAACCAGACCGAGGAGUACCCACCGGCUCCCCCCGCGAUCGACCCAAACACCCUCCCCCUUCCCCCUUACACUCCGCCUUUCCAACCACCACUCCUCCGCGCGGUCGACCUUCCGGAUGUCACUCCCACCCUCGUGCCUUCUGCACUCCCGGACCUGCGCGCUGCACCCCGCGCGCACAGCCAUGACUUCCAAGGACCCGUCCCAGGCAAUACCACUCCCCGUGCUCCGGGCUAUGCCUUUGCACCCGCGCGCGAUCAAGAACGCCCUGGCUCCGCCGUGCGGUCCCGCCCUCUCCCCGCCAUUCCCUCUGCCCUCUCCGCUCAAGUCGCCGCCCCCGCUCCCCAGGGCACCGAGGACGCCGGCGCUCGUUCCCGCGCCGGCGCCGGGCUCGCAGCGGGGCUCGCAGCUCUCACCAUCACCCCUCGCGCAUCCCACGCCCCUGCCACCGCCCAUGACCAAUCCCGCGUCCCGCCCCCCGUCCCCCGCCCCGACACAUCCGCGCGUCGGAGCUCGCCCACGAACGCCGAGCGCGCGGACACGCCGACGAGCGUCCGCAGCGGGCACCGGUCGUCCGGGUCUGCGGACUCCACCAACUCCCUCUUCGGCGUGGGGCAGGGGAGGGUGUCCGACGGGACGCCUCCGACGUCACCCGAGGAUCCCGAAUUCAAGGCUGCGGACGAUGUCGGGCCCGUGCUCGUCGACCUCCUGCGCUACUUCGCCGACUACCACACCUGGGACCUCCGCACGUCCAAGGAGCCUCCCACCACAAUUCCGCUCGACGCGUCCGCGUUCACCAGCCACGGUCGCUCGGAGCUCAAGCUGAUGUUCAACCCGCUGUGGACGUUGGCGACGCGGGGCGCGGACGAGCAAGGCGGGCCGACGUUCUCCUGCACCGUGCGGCGCGAGGACAGAGCACCGCUCAUGGUGCGCGACGUCCUCGGCGCGAUCGGGCGGAAGAUGUACAAGAGCACGCAGUGGCUCACGGUGGACGAUCCGAACGGGAGCUGGCGCUACGAGCGUGCGGUCAAGGAGCGACGGUAUCGGCUGGGCGGCGACGGGGACACGAUGGUCAACGUCGACUGGUACCCCAGGCGCGAGAGCGUGCUCCUUGAGCUGCACCCGACGGACGAUGUGGAUGAGGUGUUGGUUAUCUUGGGGGACCCGUCGCAGAACUGA